AACAAAAUGUUAUGUGGUUGUGACGAUGCUUUUACAAAGAAAAAGAGUUUAGGUGGAGACCGGAGACGAUUGCCACCGAACUCAUCCUUGUUAUGCUCUUUUUUCAGAUUCAGAAUUUUGAUCUUACUUUCCAUCAGCUCAAUUUCUCAGAUUUCCGCCGAAAUUAGGGUUUCUGAUUAUAGUGCUGUUAAAUUAUUCUUUGCUUUGAAUUUACUCAAUCAAUUGGUUGUUUGUUCGGUGCAAUUUUUAGAGGAAUUGGAAUUAUUGGUGAAAGAGGAUCGAAAAAGUCAUGUUCUAUGGAACGGCAGUGUGGGAUCCAUGGCUUAUUGUUGCGCAGAUUGUGUGUUUUCAAUGUCUAUACUAUUUGACGCUGGGGAUAUUCAUGACAAUUCUUGUUGGAACUCGUGUUUCUCGAAUUAGUCUUGUAUAUUUCUUUGAUUAUGCUACUGUUACUGCUUCCACCGUCACUGGAUGGUGCGUCAUUGCCUCAUUUAUUCUCAGUUCACUUGCAGGAGCUACCUUUUUGCUUUAUCUGAUUGAGAGGGCAAAGAAGUGCUUAGAUUUUUCAGCAACACUCUACAUCGUCCAUCUUUUAAUAUGUAUUGUCUAUGGAGGUUGGCCUUCUUCAAUAACGUGGUGGGUUGUGAAUGUUACCGGGCUUGCAGUGAUGGCAUUGUUAGGUGAAUACUUGUGCAUAAGACGUGAAUUACGCGAAAUUCCAAUUUCAAAAUUUCGAUCAAGGUCAGUCAGUGAGGAUAAGGCAAACGAAGACAUGGAUGAGCAAAUCCCUUUGUAUCGUGUGGACAAUAUGGCUUGAAAGAAAUCGUAGGUGCUUUAAGGAUGUUUGAGUGAGUUGAAGUGCAACAGCAAGAACAAUUGUCUUACUGAUUCUGUGAUGGUGCUCACAAGUCUCUCUUCUGAUCUGACAUCUAAAGCUUCAUAGAGGAGAUUUAUUUCUUUUGCUGGCAGCAAAGUCAUGUCGAUUGUCUUUGAAGAUCGAAGAACAGAACAGGAAACAUGCUAAGCAGAGCUGUGCUUAGACAUUUUAUGUACAACUUGAGGAGAUUUAGAAUGACGUAACAAAUUCUAAUGGGACGACAGUGUUUGACAAGGUAUAUGUAGAUUUUAAGCAUUCAUAAAGCAUUUUGUUAUUCGAAGA